AUGAUCUUUCUAAACACCUUCGUAAGGUGCCUUUUAACGUGCUUAGUGCUGUGCAGCGGCACAGCACGCUCCUCUGACACAAAUGGUACCACCCCGGCGUCUGCAAAGCAUUUGCAGACCACUUCUUUGUUAACGUGCAUGGACAAUUCGCAAUUAACGGCAUCAUUCUUUGAUGUAAAAUUUUACCCUGAUAAUAAUACUGUUAUUUUUGAUAUUGACGCUACCACGACGCUUAACGGGAAUGUCACUGUGAAGGCCGAGUUGCUUACUUAUGGGCUUAAAGUCCUGGAUAAGACCUUUGAUUUAUGUUCCUUGGGCCAAGUGUCGCUUUGCCCCCUAAGCGCUGGGCGUAUUGAUGUUAUGUCUACACAAGAGAUCGAAUCAUCCAUUACCAAGCAAUUCCCCGGAAUUGCUUACACGAUUCCAGAUCUGGACGCUCAAGUCCGUGUGGUGGCAUACGCCCAGAAUGAUACGGAGUUUGAAACUCCCCUAGCUUGUGUUCAGGCUAUCUUGAGUAAUGGAAAAACUGUGCAAACUAAGUAUGCAGCUUGGCCCAUUGCAGCUAUCUCAGGUGUCGGUGUGCUUACGUCCGGGUUUGUGUCUGUGAUCGGUUACUCAGCCACGGCAGCUCACAUUGCGUCCAACUCCAUCUCAUUGUUUAUCUACUUCCAGAACCUAGCUAUCACUGCAAUGAUGGGCGUCUCAAGAGUUCCACCCAUUGCUGCCGCAUGGACGCAAAAUUUCCAAUGGUCUAUGGGUAUCAUCAAUACGAAAUUUAUGCAGAAUAUUUUCGACUGGUACGUACAGGCCACUAACGGUGUCUCCAAUGUUGUGGUAGCUAACAAGGACGUCUUGUCCAUUAGCGUGCAAAAACGUGCUAUUUCUAUGGCAUCGUCUAGUGAUUACAAUUUCGACUCUAUAUUGGACGACUCGGAUUUGUACACGACCUCUGAGAAGGACCCAAGCAAUUAUUCAGCCAAGAUCCUCGUGUUAAGAGGUAUAGAAAGGGUUGCUUACUUAGCCAAUAUCGAGUUGUCUAAUUUCUUUUUGACUGGUAUUGUGUUUUUUUUAUUUUUCUUAUUUGUUGUUGUCGUCUCUUUGAUUUUCUUCAAGGCCCUGCUGGAAGUUCUUACAAGAGCAAGAAUCUUGAAAGAGACUUCCAAUUUCUUCCAAUACAGGAAGAACUGGGGGAGUAUCAUCAAGGGCACCCUUUUCAGAUUAUCUAUCAUCGCUUUCCCUCAAGUUUCUCUUCUGGCGAUUUGGGAGUUUACUCAGGUCAACUCUCCAGCAAUUGUUGUUGAUGCGGUGGUAAUAUUAUUGAUCAUCACAGGACUUCUGGUUUAUGGAACUAUAAGAGUUUUCAUCAAGGGAAGAGAGUCUCUAAGAUUAUACAAGAAUCCUGCGUACCUGCUCUACAGUGAUACCUAUUUCUUGAACAAGUUCGGGUUCUUAUACGUUCAAUUCAAAGCCGAUAAAUUUUGGUGGCUUUUGCCCCUGUUAAGUUAUGCGUUUUUAAGAUCCUUGUUUGUUGCCGUUUUACAAAACCAAGGUAAGGCGCAAGCGAUGAUCAUUUUUGUCAUUGAACUAGCAUACUUCGUUUGUCUGUGCUGGAUAAGACCAUAUUUGGACAAGAGAACUAAUGUUUUCAAUAUUGCUAUUCAUUUGGUUAAUUUAAUCAACGCAUUUUUCUUUUUGUUUUUUAGCAAUUUGUUCAAGCAACCCGCAGUGGUUUCGUCAGUGAUGGCAGUUAUUUUAUUCGUCCUGAACGCGGUGUUUGCUCUGUUCCUAUUACUGUUCACUAUUGUUACGUGUACAUUGGCGUUACUACACAGAAACCCAGAUGUCCGUUACCAACCAAUGAAGGAUGAUCGUGUGUCAUUUAUCCCUAAGAUUCAAAAUGAUUUCGAUGGCAAAAACAAAAAUGAUUCCGAGCUGUUUGAAUUGAGGAAAGCUGUUAUGGACACUAAUGAAAAUGAGGAAGAAAAAAUGUUCCGUGAUGACACAUUCGGUAAAAACUUGAAUACAAACACAAAUACAGCAAGACUCUUUGACGAUGAGACUAGUUCAUCCUCUUUCAAGCAGAAUUCAUCUCCUUUCGAUGCCUCGGAAGUAACGGAGCAACCGGUCCAGCCCACCUCUGCUGUUAUGGGUACGGGUGGUAGCUUCUUAUCUCCACAGUACCAACGGGCGUCAUCUGCUUCUCGUACUAAUCUAGUGCCAAAUAAUAAGAGCACCUCUAGUUUAAUGAAGCCUGAAUCAAGUCUCUACCUGGGGAAUUCUAAUAAAUCAUAUUCGCAUUUUAACAAUAACGGCAGCAACGAAAACAACCGUAAUACUAACCCGUACUUGUAA